AUGGAAGGAGAUCUUGUCGGCCCUGCAAUUCCACCCCAUAUUCUUGCCAAGCGAAAACGGAAGGCUGAGGAAGCUGCUGCUGCUGCUGCUGCCGCUUCAAAAUCACCACCAACGGAGGACCCAGAUAGCAAGAAAAGGCGGACAGUUGGUCCAGCGCCACCUCCAGCACCCCUCAAUGAACGAUCCUCUGGAUAUCCCGACGAUGAUGAUAAUAAUGAUAGCAGUAGUGACGACGAUAUAGGACCGGCUCUACCACCAGGCGCUGGUACGGAGGUAGAUCAAGAACUCGCGGCGCAACGGCGUUUAGCAAUGUUCGCAGAGGCCCAAGCUACCAAAGCGGACGAUUCUAAGCCGAAGCGCGACGAGUGGAUGUUGGUACCACCGAAGUCAGAGGAUUGGGCAUCAAAGCUGGUAGAGAUAAUUCUUUAUGGACAGAAUCGCCAGAAGAACGCCGGAGAUAAUACAAAGAAGCCAAGUAUCAGCGCUGCUGAGGCUGAAGAAACUGCCCGUAGAAUCAAAGAGUAUAAUGAAAAAAACCGGAAUAGGUCUCUAUACGAUCAACACAAAUCAUCGGGGAGUAUACGUGAGAAAGAGGAUAAUCCAAGCGCUCGAGCCUUCGAUCGUGAGAAGGAUAUCGCUGGAGGCCGCAAGGUUGGGCAUCAGCAAAAGAAGGAAAUGUUGCAAAGAGCUGCACAGUUUGGAGAUCGGUUUUCUUCAGGCAACUUUCUGUAA